AUGAUGUCCUACAUUAAGCAGCCCCAUUACGCGGUGAACGGGUUAACGCUUUCUGGCCCGGGCAUGGACCUCCUCCACUCCGCCGUGGGAUAUCAGAGCGUGUUUUUGCUUUCAGACACGCCCCGGAAGCAGCGGCGCGAGCGCACCACCUUCACUCGCGCGCAGCUGGACGUCCUGGAGGCGCUGUUCGCCAAAACGCGCUACCCGGACAUCUUCAUGCGCGAGGAGGUGGCGCUUAAAAUCAACCUGCCGGAGUCCAGAGUGCAGGUGUGGUUCAAAAACCGCCGCGCCAAGUGUCGCCUGCAGCAGCAGCAGAGCACCGGCCAAUCGAAACCUCGCCCACCCAAGAAGAAGGCGUCCCCAGCCAGAGAGACCCCAUCUGAGCCUAGCGCCAGCACUAACGGUCCUUACAGCCCGGCUCCGCCCGCCCCCGGCACCGCCAUCACCCCCAGCUCUAGCGGCGCCAGCGCCACCGUGUCCAUCUGGAGCCCAGCCUCCAUCUCGCCCUUGCCGGACCCCCUGUCCGCCUCCACCACCCCCUGCAUGCAGCGCUCCACCGCCUACCCCAUGACCUACACCCAGGCUCCAGCCUACACCCAGGGCUACGCCAGCUCCUCCAGCUACUUCACCGGCCUGGACUGCGGCUCGUACCUUUCCCCCAUGCACCCACAGCUGUCCGCCACCGGGGGCGCUCUCAGCCCCAUCACCGCUUCCUCCAUGGGCGGAGCUCUCAGCCAGUCUCCAGCCUCCCUCUCCUCCCAGGGCUACACCACCUCCCUCGGCUUCGGCACCGUCGACUGUUUGGACUACAAGGACCAGGCGGCCUGGAAGCUCAACUUCAAUGCAGCCGAUUGCCUGGACUACAAGGACCAGAAUUCCUGGAAGUUCCAGGUGUUGUAG